CGGCGACGUGCGUUGAGCUCCACUCGAUCCAUCGUCACCAACCCCAUCGCAGUCAGUCAGACUCUCAGCCGAGCUGCCCAGCUGAGAUCGACGAGAGGCGGCGAGGAGCACGAUGGGCACGGAGGCGGGGGAGCUGCCGAGGAUCGACUUCUCCGGCGUGGACACGUCGGCGCCGGGGACAGGGCGGUGGGACGCGGUGAGCGCGGAGGUGAUGGACGCGCUGGCCACCUUCGGCUGCUUCGACGCGCACUACCCGGCGCUCGCCCCGGCGCAGCGCGCCGCGCUCUUCGACGGCGCCGUUCGCCCGCUCUUCGCGCUGCCCGCCGACGCCAAGCGCCGCAACCACUACGGGCCCAGCAAGCCCUUGCACGGCUACCUCGGGGGCCUCCCGGGCCUCCACGCCUACGAGAGCCUCGCCGUCGUCGACGGGCCCGAGCCGGGCGCCGUCCAGGCUUUUGCCGACCUCAUGUUUCCCGCCGCCGACAACGCCGCCUUCUGCGAGAUCGUGCACGGCGCGGCGGCGCGGAUGGCGGAGCUGGAGUGGGCGGUGCGGAGGAUGGUCAGGGAGGGGCUCGGGGUGGCAGUCGACGAGGCCGAGGCCCAGAGCGCGCUCUGGCACCUUUUCCGGAUGUCGGAGUACGGGGCGCCCACCGCCGACGAGAGGGCGACGGAGGUGCGGUUCCGGUCCCACCAGGACACCAACUGGCUGAGCGUCGUGUGCCAGCACGAGGUCGAGGGGCUGGAGAUGCAGGCCAGGGACGGCCGGUGGGUCCUCGUCCGGCCGUCGCCGGCGUCGCUCGUCGUCAUGGCCGGCAACGCUCUCCGGGCGUGGUCCAACGACCGUGUGCACGCGCCGUUCCACCGGAUAAGCGUGGGCGGGGACGCGACGAGGUACUCGGCCAUCCUCUUCUCCGUCCCCGGCGGGCCGACGAUCCGGGCGCCCGACGAGCUCGUGGACGAGGCCGGCGGCCACCCUCGCCGCUUCAGGGACUACGACUACGACGAGUUCGUUCGCUUCUGCGUCUCCGAGGAGGGUGCUCGCCAUGAGGACAAGCUCAAGGCCUACUGCGGAGUGUAGGUGCAUGCAGGAGAGUAGGAGUGGGGGGACGGCCUGGGCAGCUACACCAUCGAGUCUGGCCCAAGUCCACCGCGGAAAUAAAAAUCUUGAUCUGCAAUUCGUGUUUUGGUAUGCUUAUUAGUAGUAGCAUUUUUCUUACUCUGUUCCCACAUUUUACUAUAUUCUUCUCGAUGUUUUCGGAUUGUUUUUCUUUUA